AUAAAAUACUAGAAUCCAAUUUUAACAAUUAAAAUAGACCCAAUCAUCUCCUGUGAAAUGGCAUGGCAUCAAUUUUGAACUCCAUUACAGCACUUUCACUAACCCUUUUCACCAUUUUAAUCUUCUCAAAAUCCAAUCUUUACACUUCCCCAUCACCUCAAAUCCACCAUAGAUCUCUCCUCUCACAAACCCUAAAUCAAACCCUUCAAUUUUCUUGCUCUUCACUGCCCACUUCCAAUGGCCUCAUUAACUAUCUUCAUCUCCAUUUUUGCAUCUUCAAUUCAAAUUUUUUCAUCUCAAUUCUCUGUCUUUCUUCAUUUAUUCUUCUCCAAUUCUUUGUUCUCAUUAAAACGGCCCAGACCCAUUUCUCCGUCGUCACUACAAAGCUCAGUAGUCACUUGAAUCUCUCGCCGAGCAUGGGCGGUGUGACCCUCUUGGCUCUCGGUAAUGGGGCCCCGGAUGUUUUUGCGUCGCUCGCGGCGGUCCGGUCGGGUCAGUAUAGAACUGGGUUCGGCGCUAUACUGUCGGCGGGUACGUUUGUGUCGGCUUUUGUUGUUGGGUUUGUUGCUAUAUAUGCAGCUCCGUUUAAUUUGGAUCCUUCUUCAUUUGUUAGGGAUGUUGGGUUUUAUCUGCUGGGGGGUUUGUUUUUGUUUUAUGUGUAUUUGAGUGGGGAGAUCACUUUUUGGCAAGCUGUUGGAUUUGUUGGGUAUUAUGUUUUCUUUGUUGGGUUUGUGUUUUGGACUGAUUUGAGAAGUGUUAGUAUUCGUAAAAAAGAUGUGGAUUUUGAGAAAGGUGGAGCAGAAGAAGCAAUGAUGGGUAGUUUGAAGGAUGAGAAGCAGACUUUUGGAUUGUUUGAAAGAGCUUAUGGAAAGAUUUCUAAAGUAUGGGAGCUCCCAGUUUCGCUUAUGUUAAAACUCACAAUUCCUCAAACUGCACCUUCAGAAUGGAACAGGCUGUACAUAUCCGCCAACAUUAUGCUUUGCCCUCUCGCGCUCCUAUAUGCUUGCAACUCACUCAUGGCAUUGGAUCAUCCCAUAGUAUUCCUUCUUCCAAACACCCAUUUGCCGCUAUGGUUCAUAGUACUUCUCGCAAGCUCCUCUCUGGCACUUGUUCACUUCAUACUGGAAAAAGAACCCCCAAAGACGGAGCAAAUUCCUGUAGUGCUCGUAGCAUUUGUAAUGAGCGUCUUUUGGAUAUCAAUAAUUGCCGGAGAGCUAUUGAACUGCCUGGAAGCAAUUGGACUGCUACUUGAAGUGCCUCCGUCAUUACUCGGCCUUACAGUACUUGCAUGGGGAAAUUCCGUGGGCGAUCUUGUAGCCGAUGUGGCAGUUGCGAAAGCAGGGCAGCCGGCAAUGGCGAUGGCCGGGUGCUUUGCUGGACCGAUGUUUAACAUGCUUGUCGGACUGGGAAUGGCUCUGGUGAUGCAAACAGCUGAGGUUUAUCCUAAAGCUUAUGAACUCCAUUUUCAUAUGGGAAUUGUAAUUGCUUUUGUGUUCUUGUUUUUGAGCCUCAUGGGAUCUCUGUUAGUGAUCACUUGGUGUAGAUUUAGAGUUCCAAGAUUUUGGGGAUUUUGCCUUGUUGCUCUUUAUGUCUGUUUUACAUUAGUCAGCUUAGUAAUUGCAAAGUUCUCUAAAUAAGUCAUUUUUCCGGUUAUUAUUUUGAAACAUUUAUACUGAUUGACAGCAAGUCUUUAGAUCCA